UGACAUAUCGAAUAUUCGAUCAUUUUGAUUCUUUACAACCAUUUGAAGAUAUUAAAUUCUGUUUAAUUAAUUAAUUUUAUUUAUAAAAUCACAUUGUGAAAACAAAGAAUUUAAUUAGACAUUUGUUUGUUAGUCACAGUGUUGGUCAUUUAAUUGACAGACGUUAUUAGGGCGUCUGGAUAAUUUUGUGCAGUAUUCACUAUUUAAAUGAAAUAUCAUGAAUAAAUCUGGAAAAACAGCUCAAGAGUUUAUUCAAUCCUCGUUUUCGCCCAUAAUUGCAAUACUGUGUAGUCCAAAAGUAGAUAAUAUAGUAUCGAAAAACAAUUUGUCAUUAGCAGAGCUUUUGCAACCUUUCGCAAACUUGGACUGGGAAGGCCAGUUUCGUGAUCCAGGUGGAAGUAUAUGUUCUGUAAAGAAUUGGAAAAUUAUCAUUAGAGAUGUAAACUGGAAGCCAGUACAACCAAUGGAAGCACGGCGGCAGCUAAACAAUGCUGCAUUGCAUAAUUAUAAUGAGAAAACUAUAUCACUUGAUUUAGAAGGCCGUAAAUUUGAUGUCCCUCAAUUAACGCCAUGGUUUGAUGCUUGGAGGGAGACUUAUCUUGAAGUUCAGUUUCCAUCAGACCAUGAAUUCACGAAACAUUAUUUGGCAUGCAUUAUAGUGGGAACUACACAAGAAGAAAACAUCAUUGAUUGUUUUAAUUCCCUAAAUCAACAGUAUGCCCAGUUGCAAAAUGUUACACCGCCUAAAUUGCCAAAGUGGUUCAACAGUGGAGUUCUGAAAACUUACCUCCUACUGCAUGAUGUAUCAUGCGUAACUAAAGAGAAGGCAGAUACUGCAUUUGAUACGCUAAAACAAACAUUUGGAGCCAAUAACUGUUUUUUGUUAUCAAUUAAUUCAAAAAGUACUACAGACUCUCACUUAUCGACAGAUUACUGGACUAAUUGCGUAAAACGUACUCUUGAUGCAGAUAAUUCAGUCUCUUUAUCAAAUUUGCCAACUACUCCUCUUGAACCACAACCCGUUAUAACAUCAUCUAAUAUAGCAAAUACAGCUGAUGAUACCAGUAGUAUAACAUCUUCAACAAAUCAAGAAUUACUACAUCCUUUGACAACCACUGAAAAUGAUGUAUAUGACAACGCCAACAGUCUGCAAACGCAUUCAUUUUCUGGUAGCUCAGAAAGUGUCAGUGUAACUGGUAAAGUCGCCGACUACACAACAGAAGUUCACGGAGCAGCUUUAAACGCGAACGAUAUUGAAGCGAUUAAAAAAUUCCUGCAAGAAUAUGCUUCUAAAUCAUUAUUGCCUUAUUUGGAGAAACAAAUAUCUCAAUUAUCUGAAGCGGUUGCAAAUAGAAAGGGGGUCAGUCGAUCAUUGCUCUCUGCAACAAAAAGAUGGUUUGGAACAGGAAAAGGAGGAAAUACCACAGUCAAUAAUACUGUAAUAUAUUCAAAUGACUGUCCAGAGCUUCAAUUACGCCGUUUGGGUGAUUUGUGGUUUAUGUGUGGUCAGUGGCAGCGUGCGUUUGAUACUUACCAUACCGCAAAGCGGGAAUUCUAUGCUGACAGUGCGUGGCUGUGUUAUGCGGGUGCACUUGAAAUGGCAGCAAUUAGUGCUUUCAUGGCGGGAGAUUCGAAUCGCAAAACUCAAGGUUAUAUGGAAGAAAGCAUUGUAACCUAUUUAAAUACAUGCAGAAUGGUCCAAUAUGCCGUUAGAGCUACAUUGUUGUCUGUGUUAUGUUUAAGUAACGCAGGCCUUCAUGGCGAAGCAGCUAAACAGUUAAUUCGCAUGACGUCAGAAGACAGCGACUUGCGGAGCGCUAUGUUACUUGAACAAGCAGCUCUUUGUUUUUUGGCGGGUCCCGGCUCUAAAGCCAUGUGUAGAAAAUAUGCUUUCCACAUGGUUCUGUCUGGGCACAGGUUCUCAAAAGCUGGACAAAAAAAACACGCCUAUCGAUGUUACAAACAGGCUUACCAGGUGUAUGAAGGGAGCGGGUGGCGGCUGGCGACAGACCACGUGCAGUUCGCGCUGGGCCGGCUGGCGAGCGCGCUGCGGCGGCCUCGCGCCGCCGUGCAGUGGCUGGCCGGGCCGCUGGCGCCGCCCGCCGGCCCCGCGCAUGCGCCGCAGCCGCCCCACCAGCAGGACGCCUUCCUGCGCGAGUACAUGUUGGCGCACCAGCAAUGGAUAGAGAGUUGCGAGGAGUUCCGCGACGCGGUGCCGCCGCUGCCGCUGCCGCUGCUGGAGCGCGGCGCCACGGCGCUGCUGUGCGUGGGCCCGGCGCCGCUGUCGUCGCCGGGCCGCGUGCCCGCCUCCUCGCUGGCGCUGCACCGCGCCGACUCCGCGCACAACCUGCACUGGUACAAGCUCGAGGAGAUGCUCCUCCAGGUGGCGCAGGGAGCUGUUCCCAUGAUAUUCAAGCCCACCGUCGACUUGUACACAGAGAGCACGGACGCCAAUCCUAUCGUGCCGCAAGGAGAACCUUUGCAGAUAUCAUUAACUUUACGGAACCCAUUAAAAAUUUCGCUACUGUUGAAAGAUGCGGAAUUAUUAUGGAAAUUUGUACCAAUUACAAAUGACACAGAGGGGCACGAAGAAGAAGUAUUAAAUAACGAGCCAUUUGUGGCAGCUGGUCAAGCACUUGAGAGUAACAUAAUAUAUGGACAGAAAAUAAAGUCAGUUCUUCUUGAAGGUGAAUGUACAAAAGUAUUAACAUUUUCGGUCACUCCUUUGAAAGUUGGUCAACUAUGCAUACACGGUUUAGCAUACAAGUUAAUAAAUGCGGGAGAGGGAGGCAAUGGAAAUGGGAAUAGUGUAAUGAUAUCAGGAAAAGUUAAUCUACUAUCUGAUACAAACUCGUUCGACAAACGGCUCCAUAUAAAUGUUAUUCCAGAGACCCCUUGUUUACAGAUGACAUUCUCAGAGACCCCUUCUGAUGCAAUAAGUGGAGAAAUUCGAGCUAUUGAUAUGGAAUUAAGAAAUGUCGGUCCGGUGGAUAUGAAAAACAUUCACAUAGCUGUUUCUCACCCUGAAUGCAUUACUCUCAUAAACGAUGACAUUCAAGAGGACGACUUUAAAGCGCUCUAUUUAGAAAAAUACCAAGAACAACCAGUUUAUGCAGAGGAGCGGAUGGGUAGAGUACAGGCAUGGCGGGCGCGAGCGGCGCAGCACGCGCGGCCUCUUCGUGGCGGUAGUAGCGAUAGCGGUAGCGGUAGUAGUAGCGGACGCGGUAGCACAGUUCGCAGCGGCGCGGCGGCGCGCGCUCGUCUUUUGUUACGGCCACGGUCCACAGCGCCCGAACUGCUGCUGCUGGCGUAUUACGAGACGGGAGAUCGCACGCGCCCCUAUCGUCUGCUGCGACACGUUUUCCGCUUUCGGGUCACGGAAGCGGUUGAAGUGUCUGUAAUACCUCUACGCAGUAUAAGGACGGUGAAAAAUGAAGUAUUUGAGAACAUGAAUUUAAAUGUGGAGUUUAAAAAUGUUACUAGUGAGAAAGAUGAAAAUAUCGCUGUAAAAAUAUUGGAAGCAUCGUUAUUGAGUAGACAAUGGAAAUUGACUGAUAUCACCGCAGCAAAGGACAGCGAUGAUCCUUUGACUGCGUACGAGAAACUUCAUACUAUAUUGAAAGCUCAAAGGAAUUUAGGAGAAAUGCCUGAGGGAAAGGUAGAUUAUUCAUGUCUGAAGAUUGCUAAAGAUCACAGAGAGAGUGUAGCAGAUGUUAACAGCAUUCCAUAUUCAAAAUUUGUUACGGACUCAAGAACAUCUCUUCUCGAAAUGAAUUUUGAAGAUACAGGCAAUCAAAGAUCUGGUCUAAUUCAAUCCAUGCUUGUUAUAAGAUGGGUAGCUGUAGACAAAGCCAAACAACGAUCAGCUAUCGGCCAGCACUGCGUGUGGCUGGAAUGUUUUACAAAGGCCCAGUCAUGGGAAACAGAAAUACUAAAACCAGAAAUACCUUCUCUGCAACUCGAGGAGAACAACAGCAAAAUUGAUUUUCUAGAUGUUAAAAAGAAAACUAGAACAGAUAAUAUAGUAUUAUUCAAACUGGAACAUACAAAUUUAAUUGAUCACAACUUUCAUCAGAAGAAACUAUGUCUAAUUCCAAUAACUAUAAAUAUCAUCAAUUGCUAUGGAGUUCCAGUAAACGUAUUUAUAGAUAUGACACAACAGCAAAGCAGGGACUCCUUUGGAGAACUCGGGUGGGCGGGCGCACUUCAUAACGGCCCCGACGCCGAGGGUGAGGAGAGUAAAGAUCUGGGUGUUCGCGUGAGCAUCGACAGGUUCUCGUCGCGUCGGCUGCGUAUGAGCGCGCUCUGUGCAGCGCCCGGAUCCUACCUCGUCGGCUCGGGCUUCACUCUCACCGCUACCGUCGACUCCACUACUCGCCCCGCCACUCUCUGCUCUAACAACGCCUCGCUUUUAGUUGUCCGCCAAUCUGCUUAGCUAUACCACUAUAAUUAUUUAUUAUUAACCAAUUUCCAAGAAGAGAAUGUAUUUGUAUUUUUCAUCACUUUCUCCGAGAUUUCUGAAUUAAUUUUCAUAAUGAUUAUUUUUUUAUUGAAAUGGUUUACAUAUUACCCAUAUUAUCUAACUUUGUAUAGAAAAUAAAAGACGUUUAUUUGAGUAAAAAAAUAUUUAAAAUAAAUAUUUAUUCUAUAAACACAAUAUCAUUGAAGUGUACAGUUUCAAAUAUACGUUACAUAAUAUUAUUAUGUUUUUUAUGAACCAAUUUUCAUAUUACACUUUUUUACAUCAGUUUUACGAUAUACCUAAAAUGCUUACAAUCAUACCCACUUGUACAUAUAACUAUACAGGUCGUAGUAACUGUGUUAAUAUUAUUAUAUAUAAUAUAUGUGAGAUUAAUUUGAAA